AUGGAGAGGCUGAAGUCCAAUGGGGGGGGGGAGCACGUCAACGCCGCCUACGACCCCACUCUGGAUGAGCCCCCGGUCUACCAGGAGUCCAGCUUCUCCAACGGGGGGGAGCAUCGCACCGUCAGGCCCUCGGUGGUCAGCGCCUUCGGCCACGACACUCUGGACCGGGUUCCCAAUAUCGACUUCUACCGCAACGCAGGAAGUGUGAGCGGACACCGAGCUGUGAGGCCGUCCCUGCAGGAACUGCACGAUGUCUUCCACAGGAACGGACAAAUCUCAGUUCCAGACACUGUUGAGGACGAUGGUGAAGGCAGUGAAGACACCCCCCGUGAUGACGUGGAGUCGAACGCCCCCGCUGAUAAGCAGGCGGGCGCGGUCAAGUUCGGCUGGAUCAGGGGCGUCCUGGUGAGGUGUAUGCUGAACAUAUGGGGGGUGAUGCUGUUCAUCCGUCUGUCCUGGGUGUUCGGACAGGCGGGCUGGGGUUUGGGAAUAGUGGUGAUCGCUCUCAGCUGUGUGGUGACCACCAUCACCGGCCUCUCCAUGUCAGCCAUCUGCACCAACGGCGUCGUCAGAGGAGGUGGAGCGUACUACCUGAUAUCUCGUAGUCUGGGACCAGAGUUUGGCGGCUCCAUCGGUUUGAUUUUCGCCUUUGCCAAUGCAGUGGCUGUUGCCAUGUAUGUAGUGGGCUUCGCAGAGACUGUCGUCGAUCUGCUCGUGGACAAUGACCUGCUGAUGGUGGACGAAAUAAACGACAUCCGAAUCAUCGGUUGCAUCACAGUGGUGGUUUUACUGGGAAUAUCGGUGGCAGGAAUGGAAUGGGAGGCCAAGGCCCAGAUCGUCCUCCUCAUCAUCUUGCUGGUGGCCAUAGUAAAUGUGUUUGUUGGAACAUUUAUUCCUGCAACUGAGAAAAAGAAAAGCCAAGGUUUCUUCAACUAUGACUACAUCGUGCAGUUCCUGCAGGGACGGCCUCACAGCUCGGUGUCCGCUCACACUUCCUGCGUUGCGGUAGAAGUCGAUAUUGGGAACCCGGUCCAGAGUGUCGUGGCCAAAGGCGCUGACCACCGAGGGCCUGACGGUGCGAUGCUCCCCCCCGUUGGAGAAGCUGGACUCCUGGUAGACCGGGGGCUCAUCCAGAGUGGGGUCGUAGGCGGCGUUGACGUGCUCCCCCCCCCCAUUGGACUUCAGCCUCUCCAUCGGGGACACUCAGAUCAGAUUGUGUUUCCUCAGGCUCUGUGCAAAGACAACAUCUACAAAAUCCUUCACUUUUUCGCAAAGGGACACGGCAAGAACAAUGAGCCCAUCCGUGGAUACGUGCUGACGUUUAUCAUCUCCGUGGGCUUCAUUCUCAUUGGUGACCUGAAUAUCAUCGCCCCCAUCAUCUCAAACUUCUUCUUGGCGUCUUACGCUCUCAUCAACUUCUCCUGCUUCCACGCCUCCUACGCCAAGUCUCCAGGUUGGAGACCAGCGUAUAAAUACUACAACAUGUGGCUGUCGCUGUUGGGGGCGGUGCUCUGUUGUGUCGUUAUGUUCGUUAUAAACUGGUGGGCCGCUCUGCUCACGUUCGGCAUCGAGAUCCUCCUCUACAUUUAUGUGACGGUGAAGAAGCCUGAUGUGAACUGGGGUUCGUCCACGCAGGCGGUGACCUUCGUGAGUGCAGUGGGAAAUGCGCUGUCUCUGAGUGGAGUGGACGAUCAUGUCAAGAACUUCAGGCCUCAGAUCUUAGUGCUGACCGGUGCAACUCGAACCAGACCUGCUCUGCUGGAUCUGGCUCAUUCCUUCACUAAGAACUACGGCCUCUGUCUCACCUGUGAAGUGUUCGUGGGCCCCAGAUCUCAGGCUCUGGAGGAGAUGAACUCUGCUCUGGAGAGGAACCAGCUGUGGCUGAGGAAGACCAAACGGAAGGCCUUCUACGCAGCGGUGGCAUCGGACAGCUUCAGAAAGGGGGCGGAGUCUCUGCUGCAGGCCUCCGGUCUUGGCCGUUUGAAGCCAAACACAUUAAUGAUUGGGUUCAAGAUAAACUGGAGGACGGAUGGUCCAAAGGCAGUGCAGAGUUAUGUAGGAGUGCUCCAUGAUGCCUUUGACUUUGAGUAUGGAACACUGGUGAUGAGGAUGGACCAGGGAUUCGACGUGUCUCACAUUGUAGAAGCAGAAGAGGAGAUGCUGAAGGCAGCCAAGGAGCAGGGAGCGCUGGAGCAAGACAUGAUGUCCAACGGAGGCAAGAAAGGACUGUUCAGGAAGUCCAGGAAGUCCUCUCAGCAGGUGCUCGCCACCAGAGUGUCAGUGUGCGGACCCCCACCCCCACAGGUGGCCAAGAUGAAUGAGAAGCUGAUGGAGGCCAGCAGUCAGUUCAAGAAGAAACAGUCUAAAGGCACCAUCGAUGUGUGGUGGAUGUUCGAUGAUGGAGGCCUGACUCUGCUGCUCCCCUACAUCCUCACAACGAGGAAGAAGUGGAAGGACUGUAGGUUGAGGAUCUUCAUCGCAGGACAACCAGGACGCAGCGAGCUGGAUAAACAAGAGAUGAAGACUCUGCUGGAGAAGUUCAGAAUUAACUGCAGCGACAUCACUGUCAUCGACGACAUCCACGUCAAACCCAGCUCCAGCAGCCUGAAGAAGUUAGAGGACAUGAUUGAGCCGUUCCGUCUGUUCGAAGGAUCUAAAGACCCGGGUCAGGCCGAGGCCUUGCGGAGAGAACACCCCUGGAAAAUCACAGAUGAGGAGCUGAGCAUGUUUGAAGAAAAGACCCACCUGCAGAUACGACUGAAUGAACUACUCCGGGAAAACUCCAUGUCUGCCAAUCUGAUCCUUGUGAGCAUGCCCAUCGCUCGGAAGGAGUCCGUGUCAGAUUAUCUCUACAUGGCCUGGCUUGAAUGUUUGACAAAGGACCUUCGUCCCCCCACCCUCCUGAUCAGAGGAAACCAUAAGAGCGUGCUCACCUUCUACUCCUGAGAAGACUCUGAUUACUGAGCACAGUGUUCGGUUAGCCGGGAAGGAAACGAGGGACAGAACGAGGACAACAAGCUAUGUUCAGAGUGA